AUGACAUCUUCCAAUCGAUAUCUCAACACAGAGGUCGAUACCUCACCACAGUCAGAAAAGAAGAUAAAUACAUGGUUUCUCAACCAGCCUGCUAGAUCUCUUCCUCUUGCUUCUCCAACAACAAGACCUGAAUCCUCUUCACAACUAUCACCAUCAUUCGAAGAUACACAAUCUAUACCCUCCAUACCUACCUCUACUCCUCCAAUCUUACUCCCCCUUCAUACGUUCCUCACCUCCCCUUCGAGUGAAGCUUCCGACGUACUUCAUCGACAUACAGUCCAAGUAUAUGAUACUACCUCCCUAUCGCAGUAUUUAGACGAGAGGGGUCAAGGGGACUUGGUGAAAGGUGAAGAAGGUUCCGGCGGAUGGUACGAUUGGGUCAUAACUGUUCAGGUCAAAGGGAGGGGAAGGGGGGUGGUAGCUAGGGGAGAUGGAGUGUUGCGAAGAUGGCUUCUCAAAAACCCACUUCAUCCUUCCAUACCGGUCUCACCACAUGAAUAUCCCAAGACACCCCGUAUAGCCCCUGACUCAGAUUGGUCCAUCGUCCCUCUCAAUCUUGGUCCAGAUACGGAUUUCAGAGCCUGUGUGAAUCUGUUGAGUGAAGAGGGGGCGAGUAGAUGGAAAUUAGACGAACUCUGGAAAAAAGCGCAGUAG